UCGCGUCUCUCCGACGCGAUUGAUAACGAGCGCGCCAUUUUCUUUCCACGUUCGCGCGCACAGGUUUCCUGUUGAUGUUGAUCAUGGCACCGAUUGCUGAGCACAUGCGUCAGUCUAUUCUGACCCGGUGGGUGCCUCGUUUGUUCGGACCUGGGGAAGUGCCUUAUGCGGUGGGAGCAAGUAGCUCCUUGACUAAGCCGCGUACACGUGCCCAGAUCGAGGCGCGAAGAAGUGAACUGGGAGAGCUCCUCUCCCAACUGCUGGUGGACAUGGAGUUUGCUGUCCCUGCUGCAAGAGAACACAUCCGGGGUAAAUUUGACCUUGAUGCGAUCUCUGAUCGUUUGGCCAAAGCUAUCACGGGUGUGGAGAUGAUAGCAGCAGCGACUGAAAUCCAGAAGGUUAUUCGCCACCUUGUCAAGGGAAAAACCCCUGUGGUUGAAAAUGAUGAAGAGAAAGAAGAUAAAGAAAGAAAAGCGGACGUCAAGCUCGAGAAGUUGCUUCUUGGUGGAAUGAAAAACGGCGACACAACGAAGAAGGAAACGGUAAAAGAAACCGAGAAGCAACCAGAAGAGAAGAAACCCGAAGAGAAGAAACCUGAGGGGAAUGGCAAUGGAGAUGAGAAUGAGAACGGGAAUGGCAAUGGGAAUGGUGGUCCCUCCGGUCCCACUCCCUCUCCCAAGGACAAUGCCAAACCUGCAGAUCCGACUAAGCCAAAGAAAAAGGAAAAGGUGAAGAUGAAAUUGCCUUUUACUUUUUCUAACAAGAAAGAAGAAAGCCUUCCUCUUUGGAUCGCUGAGAUCCAAACCUACGUUGGGACUGCCCCGGUAGAAGAAGAGUCGCAAGUUGCGUUCACCACUUCUUGUAUGGGGGGAGAGGUGAAACAAUGGGUUCUGGCGGAAGCUAAUGCCGCGGGGUUUGACGAUAUAGGUGAUUGGGCGAAGACUAUGACGUUGAAGCAGUUCCUUGCAAAAGUCAAGGACCGCUUUCUGGACAAGACUACGGCCGAUAAGGCCUUCGACCAACUCACCAUGAUAGGACAGAAGUCCUGGUCAUCAGUUGAGUCAUUGUCUCGUGAGGUUGACCGACUGUUGCAGGUUCUCGGUCUUAACCUGCAGGACUCUCAGGUUCUUUACAUUUACUCGCGUGCAUUGCCCGAAUCGAUCCGAGGGCACUUGGUCGCCGAGGCCAAGUCCGGUAAGUAUAGUUACCGUCAGUUCCGCGACCUGGCGUUGCAGCGGGAACAAAUAACUUCGCAAGUCAAAGGUUCCUAUGCUGCUGCCGUAAAGAAUGGAGGAGGAAGCAGUCGGGGAGGCUACGACAAGCGGGUCAUAUGGCGUCAAAAGCGCCAAGACCACACCCUCGUCGUAUUCGACGACGAUACAAUGGAGAAAUGGCCAUUGGAGAACGAGGGUGUUGGUGACAGCAGCAGUGACCCUGGAAAGGGGGAGAUUACCGCUGCGACGGUCAACAAGGGAGGACCGUCAUCGAACACUCGACCGAAGGGAAGACCACGCUCCUUCCCAUACCAUCCUGGGAUUGCGGUCGGCAGACCGUGGCUGAAGAUGGGAUUAACCCGGGAGGUGUGGCAAGAUAGAAUGGAUAAUGCGCAGUGCCUCAAGUGUGGCACUGCGGGGCAUGUCAUUGCCUUUUGUCCGUUGAUUAGGAACUCAAAAGGGAGCAGCCAGUAGGAAUAACUUCUGUUCCUACAGAGUCGGAGGGUGUGAUCACAUGCGAGGCGCAUACGA